UUUGUGAUAUCUAAGGUCCCUCAAUCCCACACCCAUGCAUCACAGAAAAAAUUUGAUUCUCUCAAAUCAAACCUCAUCUCUCUCUCUCUCUCUCUACGAACUUCUCCAUUCUCAGAUAGGAGACAACAAGCACAAACAAGGCCGAAAGUCCAAAAACCAACUCCCCGAAACCUUAGAUUUCCCAACCACUACUGUCGUCGCCGCCGCCGACAUAGCCUCCUCUUUCUCUCCCACUGACAAUAAUGACAUUGUUUUCUCCAUUAGCAACGUCGAGCGAGUAUGUAGCCAUUGUGCUCACUCCCUAUGGAACAUUUUCUCUCUCAUCUCCCUCUCUUUGGUCGAGAGUCUCGUCAGGUUUGAACGCUAUGUCUGUUAUUGCUACAGCUGUGACUUUCUCUCUCCCCAUCUUUCUUUCUCGAUCCUUCAAAUUUAGCAACAAACGGAUUCUUUGGAAAUGGCGGGCAAUUCUCCUCACGACGGAGGUUUUCCAGGUGCCGGCGAUGAUUUCGAUCCCAUGACUCUACCUCCGAGGACCCGGCCUUUCAUUCCCGGGAGGUACCGUCCGCCAGCACACGUCCUUCCGCGUGCUGUCUUCCGUCAUUUUACCAGUUUUGACGAGGGAGCACCCGGGGAUCUGCUUCUCAGAGAGCCGGAGCAGCAUCUCUCUCACGAGGCCCGAGAGGUUUGCUCCCGCAGUGUGCGGGGAUAUGGCUCCACCAUGGCGCGGGAUUGGUAUGCCGAGCUCCCGGAGGGUGUUCGAGACUUAGUGCACUUGGCAGGGUUCGGGCCCUUCUGCGUCGGGUUGUCGCGUUGUCCUGCCAGGAGGACAUUGAUGGCAGCUUUGGUAGAGAGAUGGUGGGACACCACCAAUUCCUUUCAUUUCUCUGCUACCGGGGAUAUGACCAUGACCCCUUUUGACUUCGCUGUAUUGACUGGUUUAGACGUCGGAGGUUGGUCCAUCCCUUACGAUGAGGAUAUGGGCGAGUGGGAGGCCGCCUGGAUGUAUCUAUUGGGGGCUCACCCACCUGUUGACAGGGUCUCUGGGAGAGUCCGAUACACUUGGUUCUCUUCCCAUUUUCGGCGGGCGGAGAUAGUGCCCGAGACUCCCGAGGAGACGGAGCAGUAUGCCCGUGGUUUCUUGAUGUUCCUCUUCGGGAUUACCCUGUUCGCCGACAGAGGGAACACCAUUGGGCUAUACCUGCUGAGCGCUCUGGUUGACCUAUCGCAGGUCAGUAGAUAUGAUUGGGGUGGCGCCGGCCUGGCUACCCUUUACUUUUAUAUGAGCGCGACCUCCCGCGGGCGGGGCGAUUUGCUUGGCGGCUAUUGAAGAGCCUGGGAGUUAUGGGUCUAUGUAUACUUCCCAUCAUUAGCCCCAGAGCUGGAGGUGGUAGGGAUUCCCGUGACCCCAUAUUCAUUGAUAUUCGAGGGCCCACACAGGCCGAGACCUCGAGAGACCCUCCUUCGCCUGCGACAGUAUUUCGACACUGUGCGACAUUCAGAGAUUACAUGGCAGCCCUGGGUGUCCCUGGGUGAUGGUCUCCGACUUCAGUAUACCGGAGCAUCGGACAUCUCCCAGUAUAGGGUCCUGCUCGAAGGGCCGGUUGGCAGGGUAUGGUUCCUGGGGGAGCGCUUUCUGCGUCAGGUAUGGGGGUAUCUUUCUCAGGAUAUUCCCGCAGUACCCCCAGCCAGUAUGCGGACCGCUGACAGACUCUCUUAUUCGGAGGUAGUCGGCGCCAUGCUGGGUAGUGAUGCUUUGCUAUAUAUUGAGGAGGGGGACUACGCCACUUACCGUCACAUAUAUUUGAUGCCUCCAUUGACGGAAGCUCGUAUCCCGAUGAUGAGGCCUACCGGUAUGUCAUCCUCGGACCAGGCUCGGGCUCGGGCUGCAGACGCCCCUUCUACUAGCAGGGCCGGUACAUCUAGAGGUGGGAGUAGACCGGUUCCUCCGGCUCCGUCGAUUCAUCCUCAUCCCGGAUGGCCAGAUAUGCCUACUGAGUUGAUGGCGUGGCAGUAUGGGGCUAGCUUUCCGACUCCGAUUCCACUAGAGCCUCCGAUGCCCAGUGAUCGAUACACCAUUGAUCCGGACUCA